AGAUCACGCGGCCGGCCGCUGUCUCUCGCGAUACUAGCCCAGCGGUGCCGCAGUCCCGCGGACCGAAGCCUGACAAGCGGCGUCACAGUCUGCUCCGGCGGAUCUUGCGGCACCAUGGCAACGGCUCGCGGUCCCGCUCGGCUAGGCGCCGCCGUGUGCGCGCUGCUCUCGCUCUCACUGAGGCUGCAGCCGGCCCGCGGGCAGAGCGCUGGGUUUGUCAAGUCACCCUUGUCAGAAACUAAACUGACAGGAGAUACCUUUGAGCUGUACUGUGAUGUGGUAGGGAACCCCACACCCGAGAUCCAGUGGUGGUACGCUGAGGUCAACAGGGGCGACUCGUUCAUACAGCUAUGGAAUGGUGCUUGGAAGCGACGGGUUUCAAUAAACACGGCUUACGGCAGCAAUGGAGUGAGUGUGCUGCGUGUCACUAGGUUGGUUCUGGAAGAUACGGGGACUUAUGAGUGCAGGGCCAGCAACGACCCCAGACGGAGCGACCUCCGACAAAAUCCAGCCAUUACCUGGAUACGAGCCCAAGCCACUGUUGUCAUCCUACCAAAGCCAAAGAUCCAUUCGUCUGAAGAAGUUAUUAUAAAGUCUUCAAGCCCAGAUAUCCUCCUAUUUUGUAACCUGACUUUGGCAUCAGCUCCAUGCAACGGCAGUUACUGGAUGAAAGAUGGAGAAGAAAUUAUUGGGACCAGGAAUUUUGGUACAAACAGCACAGAAUACAAGAUUGUUAAACCGAGAACAGAAAAUUCUGGAGAAUAUCAAUGUGUCUUUACAUUUGAAAGUUCCCCUGCAGUGAAUGCUACUAUUGAUGUCAAAGCAUCUCCGGAAAUCACUGGUCAUAAGAAGAGCGAGAAUAAAAAUGAGGGACAGGAUGCUGUUUUGUACUGCAAGUCUGUAGGAUAUCCGCACCCUAUUUGGACCUGGCAUAAGAAGGUGAAAGAUGAAUAUGUGGAUCUGAAUAAUGACACUGGACGUUACUUCAUCAAUAAUAAAGACAAUUACACAGAACUAAUAAUUAAGACUCUGCAUAUUGAGAUUGACCCAGGCGUAUACGCGUGCAAUGCCACAAAUUACUAUGGGUAUAACCUUGCCAACACUAUCCUGCGUGUGCGCAGCAACCUUGCACCUCUCUGGCCCUUCUUAGGAGUUGUGGCAGAAAUACUCAUUCUGGUCAUCAUCAUUGUUGUGUAUGAGAAACGAAAGAGACCAGAUGAAGUCCCUGAUGAUGAUGAGCCAGUUUCUGGACCAAUGAAAACUAAUUCCACAAAUAAUCAUAAGGAUAAGAACUUGCGCCAGAGGAACACCAACUAAACCUUGAUUAUCAAGAUUUCAGAAGACUAUGUCAUUAUCAGAUAGUGGGUUUCAGCCGAGAACACUCACACUCAAGUUGUGUUGUCCGAAUGGGGCAGGUUUUAACUUGUUUGUCUAAGCAGGAAUAAGAUGACUGUGUGAAGCAUGUUUUGCCUUAUUCAAUUUCUCCUAAAGAAUGAAGUAUUAAGAAGAUUGCUUUGCAAGUUUAAUUGAUAGGGUGUACCUUGGGUGCUUAAUGUGCUGUUUAUGCUUGAUUUUCUCAUCCUUUACCCACCCUUAACUUGCUCUGUGAUUCUAAUCCUACGGACAAAUCAUGCAUGCAGUGCUUAUUCCUGAUAUGCUCAUUUGUACAUUGCUAUUUAAGCAACACUCCUCAUUGCAAUCACUGUCAUUCUUUCCUUGAACAGCUAAGAAAUUAAUGUCACUCAAAUAGUGUUUGUUUUAAAUUUGUAUAUAUUGCAGAUCUUAGUGCUCGCUAACUUGAAACAUAUAAUAUAUAAAUAUAUAUCUCCCGUUCCACUGAUCAGGUAGAAAUUAAUGUUGAAAUAUCUAGUUCUUCCACUGCGAUCCAUUUCGAAAACCUGUUCUUGAUGUCACCUUUUUGAAUAGUUAUCGCAUGGUUGUGCCCUAGGGCUUGAAGGAUUAUCAUGAUUAGUUUUAAAUUUUAAAAUAUCAGUCAAAAAUCUGCCCUAUCUUUGGAUACGUAGAUCAAGCUUUAAUGAUUUUUUUAAAAAUCAAAAUGUGUAAAUGCAUGAGUUUGCAGAUUUUAUUAUUUGGUUAUAAUUUAAUCUAGAUCAUUGUACAUGCGAACCCACUGUGAUUUUUAAAAAUAAAAAAACAAAUAUUA